AUGUCUGGUGCAGAGCUUGGUCUUGCCAUUCUGGGCACUCUCGAUCUUUGUCUUAAAUACGGAGGAAUUAUUGUUGGAAAAUACAGGGCCUUCAGUGAUGCGGAAAAUGAAAUUCAAGAGCGAUUACUUGUCAUUGAAGCUACCUGGACGAAGAUAUCGCAGCAGCUCACCUUUCUCCAACGUAUCUGGGCAAGCGUAAGCGAGGAGAACCAGGACUACCUAGACCUUCAAAAUCGCAUCAUCCUUAUUCUUCAAAAGAAGCUCGAGGCUGCUACCUUGCAAAUUAAUAAAAUUGAGAAGCAGGGAAGUGGGGACGAUACUGGCUCCUUUAGCAAGCGAAAGGCAGCGAAAUACGCCUUGGUUGUGAAGGAAUCUCUCGAAGCAGCCAUUUUGGACCUUCAAACAUGGCAAAAGGAGUUUGAUACAACUUGGUUCCUGGUUCUGCGAAUAGCCAAUGGUGUAAUUGACACAGAGCUGGUUAAACGUCCUGGAACUGAGAAAUUAUCUGUUGCCAGAGGUAUUCGAGAAUCGAUGAAAGCGGAAGCGCCCACCUCUGUUUUUCUCCCAGAAGAAAGGCUCGCUUCGGCAAUACCUUCUAAUAUCCUGCACUCGACUUUGCAGACUGUCCAAAUUCCAGGCCUGGGUUCUUUUAUAUUAGAUUCCGCAGAUUGCUCGGCCAUACAAGAUACCUCAACCUUUGCCAAAUACGCUCGACAAUUAGUCUCACGGUUACGAGAAGUGGAAGCAAAUACGUUUCAUAUCCUUAAAUGCAAAGGCGUUGUCCGAAAAAAGAACCCGAGUACGAAGCAACUUGUCUCGUUCGAUUUCGUAUUCAACAUGCCCAAAGGAUGCUCUCGCCCCCGGAGUCUUCGGAGUAUUCUGCUUUCCCAAGUGGAUUGUUCCCUCGGUGACAAAAUGAGCCUUGCCAAGCAACUAGCGACUUCGAUAAAUUUCAUCCAUGUUCUUGAUUUCGUCCAUAAGAGUGUUCGGCCUGAAACAAUCCUGGUCUUCCAAGACGGUCAACACCCAGCCCAGCUCGGCCCAUUAUUCCUCCUCGGCUUCAAGUCAUUCCGCACGGCUGACGGCAGAACACAGCGAUUGGGUAGCUCGGCUUCGGAAGAGAAUAUUUACCAGCACCCGGAGCGGCGAGGAAUCCAUCCUGAGGCGGAUUAUAUUAUGCAGCAUGAUAUAUACAGUCUUGGCGUGUGCCUCCUUGAAAUUGGGCUUUGGGAAUCUUUCGUCGGUAACGAGAAGUAUAAACACAUUCUUGGUGAAAGGAGGUCCCCUAAAGACCAGUAUAUGGCAUUGGCGAAGGAUAAAUUGCCAGGGAAAAUGGGUGAGAAGUACACGAAAGUUGUCGUCAAUUGUCUAUCUUGUAUAGAUACUUCUAACGAGGAUUUUGGAGAUGAGAGCGAGUUCCAAGAUAGUGAUGGAAUUUUAAUCGGGGUCAAAUACAUUGAAAAGGUAUGCAUUAUAUACGAGGAGGAGUAUUACGACUUUCACAAUCAAAAAGAAAUUAAUUAUUAUGCAGAUAUUUCUUCUCCUUAG